UCAUCUGAUUGGCUAGACCCUCUUCUCUCCACCCUCUUCUGAUGACCGCGGAGGGAUCUGAUUGGCCGAGAGACGAUUCCGUGCUGGAAGACGUGAGCCGGGGGCGUGUCCUUCUGCAUGCUGCUGGAUGGAUGUUCAGGAGUAGCACUGAUGCACAGUCCCGUCUGCAGCUCCGUGUCACACACCGGAGAGCAAUAAUGAGGCCGAACAGUCAAGCAGCCAAACACAGAUCCUCACACGACACAGAGAGGGAGUUUGGAGGAACCCUGGGUGCCGUAUGUAUUCCCAUCUUUCUUCCGUUGACGGUGCUGUUCCUGAUCUGUGUGAGUCGAUCCCCUGAGGCCUCUGUUCUCCAGUGGCCUCCUCCCCUCCCCUCCGCUGAUCAGCUGUGGGAGCCUCUGGCCCCCGUGCUUCUGCUGGGAUGGAUCGGUCUGCACGCCCUCCUCUAUUUGACGCCAGUAGGGAAGGUGUCUGAAGGAUUAGUGCUGAGGGAUGGAACACGCCUCAAGUAUCCCAUAAAUGGUUUUCAUGGCCUGUGCAUCAGUGGUGUGCUGCUGAUGUUGUUGCUGGGGCUCGGGGCUCCUCUUGGGUAUCUGUUUGAGCUGCUGUUGCCUCUGGCAGUGUGUGCAAUAGCAGUGUCAUUCCUGCUCUCCGUCUACCUCUACAUCCGCUCUUUUUGGGCACCUUCCCAUGCUCUCGCUUUGGGAGGCAACACAGGAAAUCCCCUCUAUGACUUCUUCAUCGGACGGGAGUUAAAUCCUCGGAUCGGAAACUUUGACCUCAAAUAUUUCUGUGAGCUCAGACCGGGUCUGAUUGGCUGGGUGGUCAUAAACCUCGGCAUGCUGAUGAAAGAGGUGGAGCUUCGAGGUUCCCCCUCCCUCGCCAUGAUACUGGUCAACAGUUUCCAGCUGCUGUACGUGGCAGACGCUCUGUGGAACGAGGAGGCUGUUCUGACAACCAUGGACAUUGUGCAUGAUGGUUUUGGCUUCAUGCUGGUCUUUGGAGACUUGGCCUGGGUCCCCUUCACAUACGGCCUGCAGGCAGCCUUCCUGGUCGUGCACCCGCAGGCCCUCAGUUCACUCGGAGCCGCAGCUAUAAUAGCACUGAAUGGUAUUGGAUAUUAUAUUUUCAGAAAGUCCAACUCGCAGAAGAACCAGUUCAGACGAGACCCUUCACAUCCGAGCGUUGCAAGGCUGGAGACCAUCGCCACAGCAACAGGGAAGCGGCUGCUGGUGUCCGGUUGGUGGGGUCUCGUUCGUCAUCCCAAUUACCUCGGUGACCUGCUGAUGGCGCUGGCGUGGUCCCUGCCCUGUGGAUUCUCACAUCUGCUGCCGUACUUCUACGUCAUAUAUUUCACCGUGUUGCUGAUUCACCGAGAGGCCCGUGAUGAGAGACAGUGCAGGGCCAAAUACGGACUGGCGUGGGACACGUACUGUCGGCGCGUCCCCUACAGGAUCUUCCCUUAUAUCUACUGAGAACGAAAGCAGACGGGCGGAACCGGACCAAAUCCUCGUGACUCUGCAAAUCUACACAAACCCAGCAAUAACUUGAGAUGUGAGUCCAUUUUCAUUUACAUGGAUCACAAAUCGUAACUGGUGCUGCUACUGGGAAUCUGCUGGGAGCUCACGACGUUAAUCAGCCUUCAUUCGUGAGUCCGGUUACAGAAUGAUGGAUCGCCACUUCUAACUCUUUGAAACCUCACAGCCACAGAUCGCGAUGAGCUGCUAUAGAUAGAGUCAGGCUGCAGUGCACAUCUCUUGUUCUGUGCACAAGUGUCUCAGCAUAUAAGGCAAAAGCUCUGAGCCUUUCCUCAUUAAAAAAACAAGAUGACCCUUUUUAUUUUUAAUGAGAAAACAACCGAAAAAUAGAACCCAGUGGGAAACAUCGAUCAGUGCCUUUUUUUAAUCCAAAAACACUGGGUCACCUCAUUUUACCGUGUUAUUUUUUACAGUGUCUUUGUUUUGGUGAAGUGUAUUGUUGCCUGUUAAACACAUUUGAAAUAAACAGAUAAAAAAAAACAGCACUUUAUCAUGUAUCUUCAUCCUGGACAGACAAAUAUCUGAACCUCCCUGAGCAUUGUGGGAAAUGUCAUUGCUUUGAAUUAUAUAUGUAGAAAAGUUUUUCCAUUAUGUGAAGGCUUGAAUCUGUGUGACAGACAGCUGAAAGAGCAGAGCAGCUAUUAGCCUGUAGAGAUACCAGCUAAUAGCUGGGUUACUUUUUUAAUAACCUUUUCCAACCUGUUUAAAUGGAUCCUCUCUCCAGCAUACAGGCGUUAAUAGCAGAUGUUCACCAAGCCUCUGGGCUUUUUUAACAUCUGUCAGACUUCGGCUUUGAAUAUGUUCUGUUCUAAAUUGCUCUGAAGGAACAAAAAGUACAUUGAGUGUAUUAGUACAAUGAAAUGCCGUCAAAGGCUCCUGGAAAAUGGCCUCAAUCAGCUUUAAAGCAGUGUUUCCUUUUUUGAAGCUGCAUUCUGAGCAGGUUGAGUCACUGCGGAGGAGAGGUGACAGGUGGUUUUAUUGUUAAUGGACUGGUGCAUCAUCUUGAGGACACUUUUUUUGAAUAGGUGCUUACAAAGAAGUAAAUGUUCUAUGAUGGACCGUCAUUACAGCCAGACACCUGGUUCAUACGCCAUUUCAAUGCAGGAGUAUGUUUGUUCUAUUAGCAGCCAAUGACGUUUUGUCUAAAGCUAUUGCUCAUCAUAUUUGUCCUCUUCAAUUAUAAGUCACCCUGCAUUUACAGUACAAAUUAUAUUCCUCUCACAUGCAGUGAAGAGGACUGAGCCGUCUGCAGAUGCAUUUACAGUACAGUUGGCCUCCGGCCUCGCCUACACAGCGCUCAGGCUAUUUUGUGUUGUUUUUCAUGCGCUAAGUGCUAAUUAGGAAUGUGCUUUUUAUAAUGCCAUGGCUGGACUCAUGCUGAAUUAAUACAUAUGCUUCUUUUUAUAUGGUUGUAUGUUUAUGUGCAGAGCUAUGUUUUAUUUUUCCCCUGUUCAUUCUGUGCAUAGUGAAAUCUGCUGUCCUUCUAUUAGUCAGUUAUUAAAGACUAAUC